AUGACUUCCAUGUCGAGGCGGAAAAACACCAAGGCUUUGCAAAAAGCGACGUUCCGAAGGCCCACCGAAGAUUGUCGACAGGUCCUGGACAUCGGAUGCGGAACGGGCGACUUCACGAGGGACGUGCUGCUUCCCUGGAACCACCCUUGCACGAAGGUUGUUGCCGUCGACGCGUCAUCGGCCAUGGUAGACUACGCGAAAGCAAACUUCGGGCAUCCGGCCAUCUGCUACGACGUCCUCGACCUAGGAGCCCCGGACGUGUUUAUGUUUGUGGAAAAGUACGGGAGGUUCGACCGAAUUUACUCCUUCUUCUGCUUGCAUUGGAUCAGGGAUCAAGAAGCGGCCUUCAGGAACAUCAGCGGACUGCUCAACGAUGGCGGAGAGGCUCUGCUUGUCUUCUCUGCACAAUUUGUGUUGUACGACGUGUGGAUGGAGAUGGCUGCCAUGGAACGCUGGAAAGACAUACUUGACGACCCCACCAAGUUGUUUCCCGACACGUGGCAGCGCGAGCCGCCACCAAGCGUCGGCGAACUGGAGAUGUCUGUGAGAAAUCUCGUGACCAAAGCUGGAAUGGUAAUCGUUGCGUGCGACGUCAGCCCAAAGAAAUACAGGUACCGGAACGACGAGGAAGUCCUUGCCUUGCUGGCUACACUCGUCACCGUCAAGUCGGGCACUCCCAAGGAAAAAGAAGACUGCAUGCGAGAAGAGCUGUCCUCGAGGCUGUUGGGAGGAUGCACUCGGACGCCAACCGGUUGCAGCUUUCACUCGCAUCUGUUCACCCUACACGCCCAGAAAGCGUCGGAGAACUGAGGAAGCAGCAUUU